UUGUUUGCGAUUUUGCAGGAACAUGUGACGUUCGUUCAUGUGCUGAGUGUUCUUUUUUUUCCUUGGUGGACCCGGUUUCCGUCGAGUUUCUGUGGCACGAUGAUGCAGUUUAUGCUCUUGUUCAGCCGCCAAGGAAAGUUGCGGCUGCAAAAGUGGUAUGUUGCCUAUCAGGACAAGAUGAAGAAGAAGGUGGCGCGUGAGUUGACAACUGCCAUUCUCACCCGCAAGCCAAAAAUGUGUUCCUUUUUGGAGUGGAAGGAUUUGAAGAUUGUUUACAAACGUUAUGCGAGUUUAUAUUUUUGCUGUGCUGUGGAGGAGGACGACAACGAGCUUCUGACGUUGGAGAUCAUCCACAGAUAUGUGGAGCUCUUGGAUAAAUACUUCGGCUCUGUGUGCGAGUUGGAUAUAAUUUUCAACUUCGAAAAGGCGUACUUCAUCCUGGACGAGUUGUUGGUGGGCGGAGAGAUUCAGGAGACGUCCAAGAAGAGUGUGCUGAAGGCAAUUGCAGCUGAGGACAUGUUGCAAGAGGAUGGUAGACCUGGGUCCGGCACAAUUUGA